GGCAAGUAAAUGUGAAUGCAACGCAAGCCCUAACAAGAACGGUGGCCCAGAUUUACAGGAGUGUAUAAACGAAGCACCGCUUUUUUCUCUCAUUGGCAUUGGCGCUGAGAAGAAAGAAAGAGAUUCAUUCACACAAUUUCUCAAACACGACUCUCUCUCUCAUCCCUCUCUCUCUCUCUCACACCAUUUCACGUUAGAUCGAACCUUCCCACCUUUUCCUCAAUCUUCAUCUUCGUCUUCCUCGCCUCGUCUCUCUCUUCUUUUCCCGCGGAGAUUUCUAUGUCACUCACAAUUAUUACACCUUGAAUUCCAUCAAAGGCUUACUUGAUUGGUGUAUAUCCAAAGCGGGCAUUGAGAACGCGAAGUUCAUUGGCAUUAAAGCUAGCUUUACCUGAGUUACUUUCUUGCUAUGGUGGCGGAUUCCGUGUUGAGGUGUGUUUUCUCUGACAAAUGAAUAUUUCAACUGGAAAUUUGGCAAGCAAUAACGAUUGUACCACUGAGAAGAUGGGAACUGAACACUGUGAUUUGUCUAAAAAAGCAGCUCAGAUCGACAAUGAAUGUUUAGACAACGAACAAAAAGUGCUUGGUGCUGUGUUAACCGAUUCUGUUAUCAAUGAAAAGUCAAAUGAAGUUUCUGUGAGUAUGACUGAGAAUUCUGUUAUUGAACUGCCUGAACCACCUCGUCCUUGCUCAGAAAAUACUUGUCAGACUUUAGAAAGUUCAUGUCUUCAACAAAGUACCUCUGAACAAGUUUGCUUAUCUGGGGAUAAAUCAGAAAUUAAAUGUCCUCAAAAUGUUGAAAAUGAAGCUGGAGAAAUGAGUGAUGCAGUAACUCCCUUUGUUGUUGUUGAAGAGCAAACACAAUCUGUUCCUGCUCAAGUGAACUCGGAUUCUGUGAACGAGCUAUUGGAUCCACCUUCUGGAGAUGUUAAGGAAAAUAUUAAAAACGUAUCUGGUGAAACGAGUGAUGUAGUAACUGGGUUUGUUGAAGACCAUACGGAAUCUGUUCCUGCUCAAGUGGACACAGAUUCUGUGAACGAGCUACUCGAUACGCUUUCUGGAGAUAUUACGAAAAAUAUUAGUUCAAAAAAAGAACCUGGUGACAAGACUGAUGUAGUAACUGGGUUUGUUGAAGACCAUACGGAACCCGUUCCUGCUCAAGUGAACACAGAUUCUGUGAAUGAGCCACUCGAUACACCUUCUGGAGAUGUUACGAAAAAUAUUAGUUCUAAAAACGAACCUGGUGAAAUGAGUGAUUUAGUAACUGGGUAUGUUGAAGAUCAUAAGCAAUCCGAUCCUGCUCAAGUCAACACAGAUUCUGUGAACGAGCCACUCGAUACGGCUUCUGGAGAUGUUACUAAAAAUAUUAGUUCUAAAAACGAACCUGGUGAAAUGAGUGACGCAAUAACUGGCCUUGUUGAAGACCAAACGCAAUCCGUUCCUGCUCAAGUGAACACUAAUUCUUGGAAGAAUGAGAUACUCGAUAUGCCUUCUGGAGACGCUGCAAAAAAUAUUAGUUCUGAUUGUUCAGAAAGAAAGUCUAAUAACCCGCCUCAGUUGCGAGAGAAACAUGCAUAUAAAAAAACCUCAAAAUUAUCGAAGAAGUAUAUAUUAAGGUCGUUAGGAAGCAGUGACAGAACUCUGCGGUCAAGGACAAAAGAUAAUAAACCUAAAGAUCCUGAACCAAUUAAUACUGUUGCUGAUGUUAAUAAUGAUGAAACGAAGACAAAAGAAAGGAAGAAGAAGAAGAAAAAGACGAGAAAAGAGGGAUUUAAUGAUCAAUUUUCUAGAAUUAGAGCUCAAUUGAGAUAUUAUCUGAACCGAAUAAGCUACGAGCAAAACUUGAUUGAUGCUUAUUCUGCCGAGGGAUGGAGAGGAAGCAGUAUGGAAAAACUAAAGCCUGAGAAGGAGAUUCAACGGGCUAAGUCUGAAAUUCUUCGACGUAAAUUAAAAAUUAGGGAUCUAUUUCAAAAUUUGGAUUCAUUGUGCGCUGAAGGAAGGCUUCCUGAAUCUUUGUUUGAUUCCGAGGGAGAGAUUGAUAGUGAGGAUAUAUUUUGUGCAAAAUGCCAGACCAAAGUGUUGGCCACUAAUAAUGAUAUAAUUCUCUGUGAUGGUGCUUGUGACCGUGGAUAUCACCAGCUCUGUUUGGAUCCUCCAUUGUUAACCGAAGACAUACCACCUGGCGAUGAGAGUUGGUUAUGCCCUGGAUGUGAUUGCAAAGAUGACUGCAUCGAACUUGUUAAUGACUUGUUAGGGACAAGUCUCUCUCUUACCGACACCUGGGAGAGGGUUUUUCCUGAAGCAGCUACAGCUGCUGGAAGUAUCUUGGAUCACAACUUGGGACUUCCUUCAGACGAUUCUGAUGAUGAUGACUACAAUCCUGAUGGUCCAGAUGAUGGUCCAGAGGAUGUGGAGGUUGAAGAAGGUGGAUCAAGUUCUGACGAAUCUGAGUAUGCUUCUGCUUCUGAGAAAUUGGAGGAUUCCCACCACGAGGAUCAAUACAUGGGACUUCCUUCUGAAGAUUCAGAGGAUGAUGAUUAUGAUCCUGACGCUCCCAUCCUUAGUGAUAAAGCAUCUGAAGAAAGUUCAAGCUCUGAUUUCACAUCUGACUCUGAGGAUCUUGCUGCUACAAUUAAGGAUAACAUGUCCACUGGACAAGAUGGUGAUGUCACAUCUGCAUUGUUGGGUGAUGUCAAGAACUUCAAAGGUUCUAGCAGAAAAAACCAUAAGAAGCCAUCUAUAGCUGAUGAACUUUCAUCUUUACAAGAGCCAGGUCAAGAGGAUUUGACUCCUGUUUCUGGGAAAAGAAAUGUGGAAAGGUUGGACUAUCAAAAGCUGUACGAAGAGACAUACCACAGUGAUACUAGUGAUGAUGAAGAUUGGGCUGCCACUGCUACUCCAAGUAGAAAAAAGAAAAACUCUGGCAAAAUGACUCCAGUAUCACCAAAUGGAAAUGCCUCAAAUAAUUCAAGACACACUGGUACAAAUAAUUCACCCACCAAAACACUUGAAGGAUGUACAGAAUCUGGUUCCAGGGGUAAAAAACGUGGAUCUUCAUACAAAAAACUUGGAGAAGUUGCUGUUCAGAGACUUUACAAAUCUUUCAAAGAAAAUCAGUAUCCAGAACGAUCCACAAAAGAAAGCUUGGCGCAAGAACUUGGACUCACUUUUCAACAGGUUGACAAAUGGUUUGGCAAUACUCGAUGGAGCUUCCGGCAUUCACCACGUGUGCAGGCUAGUCCAGGUAGUAAUGCUUCACAGCAGGCCACCGACAGCGGAGCUGAAAAUAAAGGAGAGAGAGGUAAUGCUUCACAGCAGGCCACUGACAGCGGAGCCGAAAAUAAAGGAGAGAACGAACAUGAAUUAGUUUCCCAGGAGACUAGUGAAGGAAAAUCAAGAACCCGAAGUUCUAAGAAAAGGAAGCGUUUGUCUGAGUCGCAGACAUCUGAAGCAGGGCCAGUUCAUAGCGGCCCAACCCCCGAUUCCUCGCCGAGAGUUGAUACAGGCAAUACAAUGAAAAAAAGAAAGGGAAAUGAUACAUAAUUGUCUUUUUCUAAGGCAGCAAGAAUAUAGUAUCCAUCCUUUUGUGAGAUUGAGAUUCUCAGAUGAUCAGCUCGGAUCAAUCAAUAUGUUUCCAUUCAUGAAGGUAAUCUCUCAUUUAUGUUGUUGUUUGUAUUUUUAGAAAUAGCUAUUCAGGUAUUCAUGUCAAGUGAGUUAGUUUUAGUGUUUCCUCAUGCAAACCCAAAAAUUAGUUGUAAGAUACUAGUUUUUGAUUAUUUAUUUUUUUGUUUUCAUUUUUUUUACAGAGACCCUAUUCAUUCCACCAAAUGAUGUGUUUUCUCCUCUUUUGAGGGUAGUUACUAACAAUACAAAAAGCCAAAAACAGAUGGAAAUAGGGCAACGAUUUAUUUUAGGAUUAAGUAUUCAUGUUGUAUUGUGUUUUUUUAUCAGUCAUGUUGCACCGUGCUAGUAACAAAAUGUCAAAACCAAUUAGGAGCAUCACUUAUAUGGGUAACGAUCCUCUACAUCUCAAAACAAAUGGAGAUGUUGAUUAA